GCGUAAGACAGAGGCAGCAGCAGCGAGGAAGAGAGCAGUGCAGAAACGGAAUCAGAUGUGGUGAAGUCCGUGAGUUGACAGGUCGUGGGUGCACGAGAGAGAACAGGCGUUUCGAAGUGGCGGAGGCGGAGAGGAGGCUCCAGGGGAAAGGAUUGUUUUCUAGUGUGCGCGAGAAACGGUGUCGACGGGUUACGAGUCUCUGGGACGGGUUCGUCGUUGUUGACGACGAAAUGAUCCUCUAGCACCGAAGAUUUUUGGCCUGGUCCGUACGGACAAAGAGGAAGACCGUUCGUGUAUUGCUGGUGUCGAGGGAUCGUGGGCUCGUUCAUCCGUAGAAAACAUCGUUAGACGCUGACGUUACGGAAUUCGUCUCUCGUGUGUCGUUUUCCUUCGGUGGCCGAGCGUCGAAGAUCCCAAACGACUGACUAGCCGAGCGUCGCGCGCGCGUGUGUCUUUGUUUUUUUUUUUACAUUCUCGAGUGCCGAACAACUGCUCACCUACGGGAAAACAGUGUAUUGUACCAACAGUGGUGAAAGACUUAAAAAGUUCCCCGUGUAUUCGACGGUGGUAAACAAAUCCAUAGGAGCCAGAGGCCCUUCCCUGAAACGACGAACGGAACUCUCAGCUGAUUCAAGGACUUGCUGCGAAGGGCUCUGCUGGCGUUUAAUAGACGAUAAAUAUGUCGUCCCCCAGCGCUGGAAAACGACGUAUGGACACGGACGUUCUUAAAUUAAUAGAAAGCAAGCAUGAGGUGACGAUACUAGGAGGAUUAAACGAAUUUUCCGUCAAAUUCUACGGUCCACGGGGCACACCUUACGAGGGUGGAAUAUGGAAGGUGAGGGUUCACUUGCCCGACCACUACCCCUUCAAAUCUCCUUCGAUCGGCUUUAUGAACAGGGUGUACCACCCUAACAUUGACGAAGUCUCAGGCACGGUGUGUCUAGACGUAAUAAACCAGGCCUGGACUGCCCUUUACGAUUUAUCGAAUAUUUUCGAGUCUUUCCUGCCCCAACUGUUAACAUAUCCUAAUCCAAUUGACCCCCUAAAUGGCGAUGCCGCGGCCAUGUAUUUACAUAAACCUGAGGAGUACAAGAAGAAAGUAGCAGAUUACGUGAGGAAAUACGCGACGGAGGAAGCGCUAAGGGACCAGGAGAACGGGGGCACCGGAAACGGGAUGUCGUCCGACAGCGAGUCUUCUAUGAGCGACUUCAGCGAGGACGAGGCACAGGACAUGGAGUUGUAACCAAAUAUUUUACCAUCCGUACCCAUAUCCUUAAUCUCGAUUCUCUGUAAACUCCGAUCGCUCGUCCUACCAAAUAGAUGCUUACAUUCGAACCUCCGGACCUCACUGUCGGUUUAGCCAUGUGGCACACUCGUCACUAUCGUUUCAUAGAAACCAUUCGAUAAAAUCGCUACCGGGUUGAUGUGUUGAUUAUCGCGAGGUGAAAAAGAUAAAAUAGUUACGUGAAUACGAUAGAUGAAGCAUUGCAGACAAAAGAAAGACUUGAAAAAAGAAAAAAACACACACACACACAGAGAAAUGAAAAAUAAGAACGAUGCGUAAGAAACGAAAGAGAAUCGCUUUUGGAGUUCUCUUUACGCGUGUAAGCGUCGUGUGCUCGUCGUCGUCGUCGUCGUCGAAUUGAAAGACGUCGACGAGGAGAGAUACGCGCCACUCUUUGUUGAAAAUUGAAAGGUAGAACCAUUUACUGGAAUUCACGGGUUCACCGUCGACUAGGCGUCGAUCUUUUCUCUUAGAAAUUGCUGGCGUUCUUAACUUUGGCAUUGAUCGAACGGAACAAUCGCGAGAUCAAUGUUUACGCUUUUUUCUUUUUUUGUUCUUUUUUGCGAUUGACAACCGAUUGCAUCCGCGAUGCGAUGAGACACGAACAACCGUCGAAAAUUCUAUUUUUUUUUUUUUUUAAGUUCAACAAUUUGGUUAAGUUGUCGGAUUUUUGUAAAUUCGCCCUCGUUCCAGAGAUGGGAAAAAUUUACCGAUAAUUCGUAUUCGGAUGAAAAUAUCUAAUAACGGCCGAGAGGUCAUCUCUCUAUUCGAACAUAAAAAUUAGAGUUAGAGUUAUAGAAUGAAAUAUUUUACGAUGAACGAAUAAUAUGAAUUUUACUGUUCGAUCGAAUAAAUCUAUGUAAUAUAAUUUCCACGUUAGUUUUAUUCGUCGUCUAUCGUUCGAAUCAAAUUUUGCCCCAUCUCUGCUUAGAUUUUCCUUUUUCUUUAAUUUUUUUCCGUCAAGAGCCGAUAGCCGUACAUGGAUGAUAACACGGUGCAUGAACACGAAAGUCGAUUUCGUUUACUGACAAUUUGUAUUUCUUACGAGUGUCGCAAUACCCACGUGUCGACGUUACGCUGCUUCUACAUAUGUGUUCCGCUUCGCAGAGCACACGUGCCCCGAGCAGUCACGUUAUCUCUCGAAUUAGCAUUGUUCCCGUACAACGUUCGAUUCCUCAUCUUUCAAAAAUUCUUAGGAGUUAACGACUCUUUUGUAGCUUAUGCUAACGAUUUGAUAAGACGUUCGUAUCUUGAGAGCAGAAGUAACGGAGUAUGUCAAAAGAAAUACACAUGCGGGAGCGACAAUGUGAUACGAAAAGAUGGUUGGAAAGAUUCGUUUCGUAGAAUUUUUUCAGAAGAAUUUAUUUCAGUUGAUUGGAAGAAUGAUUGGUUUCGAGCAAUUAUCUUUAAAUAAUUUAUUUUGCUGUUUAUUGGAGAAAAGAUUGGUUUUGAUUAAUUUUCCAAACGAAAUUAUUCUGCAAUUUAUUGAAGGAAAUAUUGGUUUCGUGCAAUUGUUUCUAGAAAUUUAUUUCAAUCUAUCGGAGGAAAGAUUAGUUCCGAACAACUAUCCUGAACAAUUUCGAUCAAUAUUCUUUAAUAAUUGAUUUCGAUUUAUUGAAGAAAGCGUUUGUUUCGAAUAAUUAUCCAACGAUAAUUUAUUUCAAUUUCUCAGAGGAAAGAUUAGUUUCAAGCAACUAUUAAAAAAAUAUUAUUUGUAAUUUAUCAGAUGAAAUUAAAAUUUCGAGCAUGUUUUUUUAAAUAUUUAUUGCAACUUAUUCUUUAAAAGACUAGUUCCGAACAAUAUUCCAUAUAAAUUUAUUUCAAUUUAGUGGUAGAAAGAUUCGUUUCGAACAAUUUGUCCAACAAAGUUAUUUUGCAGUUUAUUUGACGUAAUGUUGAUUUCAAGUAAUGUCGCUCGAAUAUUUAAUUGUAUUUAUUAAGAAAUUUAUUAAGAGAUUCAUUUCGAGCAAUUUUUCCAACAAAUUUAUUUCAAUUUAUUGGAGAAAGGAUUCGUUUCGAACAAUUCUUUCAUUUAAAUUUAUUUCAAUUUACUGGAUUUUUUUCUUUACAAUAUGUGGUAUAUCAUAGGACGAAAAGUAUUCCUUUGUUCUAUUAUCACCAUCCCUGAACGUUUCCCUCGUAGGGUGCAGCAACGGGAAAUGGCUUCGACGACAGUGUUGAAGACACUGACAAACCCACGAUAUAAACGGCGUUUAAGUUGCGACAUAAAUGUCGGGACGUCCCAACCGCAGUUGAAGUCCGCCAGAUCGGCAAUGUUCGACAGAAGAAAAACAAUUGAAGACUCGAGUCGUUUUCAAACGUCGCAAGACGGGGCCGCGGAAUUUUCUACGGAAUUACGCCAGUAUUCGGAGAUGGACGUAGAGUUAAAUAACAAUUCAGAAAGUAGAAACGAUUUGAAUACCAUUGUUUAGUAUACGUCGCAAAAUUUGUUGGUGAUGUGUCUUUUAUUUUUGAAGCAGUGAUUCUUGACUUUUUAUAGUUCGCAGCACAGUUUUAAAAAGAAUAAAAGUGAAAACUGGAGACUGUUCUUAACCCUUAAUUGCAAUAACACGAAUUAAAUAAUAAAUUGUUUGUACGUAUAAAUUCAAUGAAGCAACAAAUUUGGCCUGAAACAAGUAUCGAAUUAAAUAUGAACAUACUUUUAAAUCGUGUAUUAUUUUUAAUCUUAUUUUGAGUAAAAUUAUUUGAGUAAAAUAAAUUAAACAUAAAAUUAAAAGUUUCUUACUAUACUACAUUUUAGCGAGGAGUGAAGUAAUAGAGGAGUCGAAACGUUUAAAAUAUAUUUAUAAAUUAAUCGAUCUUUAUAUAAGUAUCGGUUACAGAGACUGUACAGGUGCGAGGAAAAAGAGAACAAUUUCCGUUAACCAAAUUGCGGAGUAUCUUUAGAAGUGUAUUGAAUAAAGAUCUACAAAAGAAAUGACGUAAUAUCGAGGAUUGGUAUACAUUUGAUAAAGAACAAUAGAAGGAGUGAUGUCAUAUUAGGGAUUGGUAUAAAUUCGUUAGUUGUUGGUACGAUUUAUUCAAAUUUGAUGUAACUUAUUGUAAUAUGCAAACGUAGUACACGUAUUGUACUUAUAUUAUUAUCAAGAUAAAAAAUGUGAUAUACUCUAAAAAUAUUUUCUUUCUACAAAUAUCUAAAUACCCUAUUUACAUAUAGAACAGUAUGUGAUAUUUGGUAUUUUAUUGUUAUUGUAUUAUUUCAAAUAUAUUUGCAUUUUACUCUCUACUGCAUAAUGUGCUCAAUUCGGGGCUCAAUAGUGACAAUCUCACAAAUGUUCACUUGGUACAUUUCACAGCAUUCGUGCGUCAUGUUUUCUUAACGGGACAUCUAAUACUCCUGCAGUUUUGACCACUAUCCUUUAACUUGACUAUUAAUCCUCUGCGGUCUUAUGUCAAGAAUGUAUAAACAAUGAAUUUAGGUAUAAAAACAACAUUUCGGCCCAUAACACUCUUCUAAAAUAAUUCAAUAAAAACAAGAAGAUAAACAAGAUAAAUAAGAUAAACAAAUACAUAAUCGAUCAUUUCUUUGUCGAAAGAUACAAUUAAAUUCAUACAAUCCAACACUAAACCGAUGCUUGUUUCGCACCAAAGUUUUUCCAUUAUCGGAUUCUAGUAAAAGUUUAAAAAAUUAUCAAUAAUAAAAACUCGCCCGAUCUAUUGUUAAACAUGUACUGUUAAGAAUCACUGACUUAGAGUAGUUACCGAUCAACAGGAGUUGCCCUUGAAACGCGUUAGAAUUCGGCUUAAAAAUUUCCAAUCGAAACUAAGUUGGGCUAAAAAAUAAAUGCUUUUACUUUAGGCGCUAUUCGCGCGCGCGCGUUUUAUUUUCGUUAGCAAUUUUGAUACGGUCGAUAUUUUUUAGAAGCAGCUUUCACGCGCGUUCGUGCAACACACCGUGCCAUGUAUUAUUCCACCGACGGCUCUGUUUGAUUAGUAAAAUCCAAAGUAUUUUAGAGCGACGCGUGUUCGAUUCGUUUUGAGCAAAUUGCGGAGAAAGAAGAGUGACGCGGAUUAGGAGAGCAAAGGAGAAACAAAAUUGGAGAAUAGUAUGCGCAAGGAAAGAAAGUAGCGAUUGCGACGACUCGUGCGAAAGAAUAAUAAUAGAAAGUAUAACGAUCCAUCGAUGAUACAUGGAACUAGGCGUCGACGAGAAAAUGAAUUUGUACAAAUCUUGGUGCACAAUAAUCUCUUUGUUUUAGUUGUAACUUGCUUCAAAUUGAUCUCUCUCUCUAUCUCUCUCUGCUUUGCGUGGUUUACGUAUAGGCAAUUACGAUCAACUAUACGUGCAAGUAUAGACAUGGCGUUUUAGUGCCUCCUCAGGCAGGAAAGUGUGCCUUAUUAUUAUGGGUCUUCGUGGAAAACAAUCUUAUUGGUGAAUAAAUAACAUCGUUGAAAGGGACGAGCAUUAUUGACACGUUAAACGCCACGCUGGUCUCCACGGACCGACACUGAACUUUUUGUUUAGAUAACAAAUGUUCCCUGCGUAUUUAGGCUGAAAAAUCAACGUCGUUAUGUGUUGCGUUCAUCUGAAAAGCAUAAGCUUGUUAGACAGUCUACAUGUGAAUAAUAACAGCGCUUAUAAUCAAGAUUUAUCGUGGCCCGAUACGAAAAGCUAACAAACAAACGUUAUUUGUAAUAUCUGCAAAGAAACCCCUUAUCUUUCUUUAGAUACUUUUAACCCCUUUGCGCUCGAUAUUUUCAUUAGGACGAACUUGCGACUCCAGACGGUUUUUCGAAAAUGUGACAAACUUCUUCCAUACGUAAAUUGAUUUUACAUACAAAUUUCAGUAUAGAAUAUUAUAUUAAGGUAAUAGAUAAUAUUUUACAAUUUUUAUGUCUUAAUAAACAAUGUUCUGUAUUCUUUCUUCGAAUGAUAUUUUAUGAGACAUUCUCCAGAAUGCAUUCAUGAAUCUAAUUCAUCAUCACUCGGAUUGUCUCAUUAUGAAAAUUUAUUUUUACAGAUCCUCGAAACUUUCGAUUCUAUCAAGACUUCCAAAACAAAUUUUUGUUACAAUUGUCGAAUGUUAAGUAACGCUGAAGACAUUGUCGAAAAUCUUGUUACUAUUUUGAAGUGUAUCAUUCUACGCUUCCUAAAAAUAUAUAAGUGCUUUGGAAGCUGUUCGUAGGCAGAUAUUAUCGUCGAUGCAUAUGAAAAAUCAUUAAAACGACUCCUAGUUCCUAUGUCUCCGAAAUAGUUCCGAAAUGUCUCCUAGUUCAGUCUCAAAGUUUGGUUUACUAUGUACUAGGCAUCUUCAUCGAGAAUGUUCAGCCGUCGUACGCAGGGAUCAGCACAGUAGUCUAAUCAAAGUGUUAAACGGCGAUCUAGGGAUCGGCAUGAUGUUUAACGCGUUUACGAACACAAUUAGAAUCAAAUCAAUUGUUUCGGGAAGAUUGCGAAAUAAGCGUAGCGUGUGGUUUUUAUUUUCGAAUAUAUCGAAUAUACAGUUUAACGUUUAAACAAAAAACGAAUUGUGAUAAGCAUCGAUAAUUUAUCAAGAAAAACAAUCGUUCGUGUAUAUUUCGGAGCACGUUCGUAAGAGCGCGGAUAAGAAUGAGAAGUACUUCCACCAAAAUAACGUUUAUAAGGAAAAUUUCUCGUCUGUAUUUUUCAGUAGGUUCACUCCUUAGUUUUUAACGAAUGAAUUUAUUAUUAUCGUUCUAUUACUAUUCAUAUAUGGGCGCGCCUAUCGUAUCGCUCUCGCCAACACGUUUUUCUACGCCUUGUUUUCUGUAUACUUUGAUGAAAUUCCAAUUGUCCCGAUUGUCAAAACGACCCACCAUUGAUUUCCUAUUUUUCAAAGAAUCGCGUAUCGCGACGACACGCGCCGCACGAAGAGUUAUAUUUUAUUUAUCGAAUGUUUUUACUCGAAUCCGAGGAUGGUCGUAACUACGAUAGCCGCGCCCCUAAAUUUUAAUCGUUACAUAUUCUUUUUUCUCCUUCCUUUUAUUUAAGGAAUGCCGACAUUCGCGCGAAAGGUGAAUGUCGCACAGAAUUUACAUUAUUUACGAUUAUUUAAGACGUGCUUUCAUGGAUUUUUGGUAUGAUUCGCAGCGGCUCUAUCCGUUGGUGAAGUGUAUAGCAAUAUGUAUUUACUAAUUAGAGAAAUGGUUAUUAAAAUGGAGUGAAACCAAUACGGCGUUUUGUAUGGAUUAUUGAGCAUUCUGAAUGCCUCACGACGUUCACUCUCAGGCACUGUAACAAGUAUGUAAAUUUUGUUUUCGUACCAUUUUUGUCACUUGGUUCUUUAUUUUUUUUUUCAUUGUAAGGUAAAGGUCCCUAUUAUCGACACAUUUUUUGACAUGGCGAACGAUGAUAAGAGAUUCUGAGUACUGUCUUUUACUUGCGUCUGGUAUGUCAAAAUUACGUUGCGACUUACACGAAAUGUUUAUAUGGAAAUUUUCUAUUUAAAUUCCAACAUAAUUUUGACGUAUCUUAUAGUCACGAAAAAUGAAAUAAUUAUAUUUGUUACAUUUGUUCGUGAAACAGAAACAAAAUUGUUCGUAACUUUUCGGCAACGCUAUGUUGAUUUCUCCGUUUCAACUUUUCACUUCUGUCCUCGAAUGUUACCAUUAAUUUUUUGCGAUUUUAUUGCGUUGAUACGCCUAAGAUAGUGAUUACAGUGUUAUUGAUAUCGUUAAAUUUCAACUAUAUGUAUAGUUUACACGAAAAAUAGAAGAAAGAAUUUAAUGUUUUUACCAAGUUGUUGACAAAUGUAAAUAUGAAAUUAAUGAAAUGUGUCGAUGAAUGGGUUAGUGUCAAAUUUAGGUGCACUUACGUUAUUGCCCCGCCGUACUGCGAUGCUCGAGCAUCUUUCGAGGUUUCGUUCACGGAAUGGCGCAGAGAAGAAGAAGAAAAAAAAAAUGAAUCACGUUUGACGCUCGUUCAUAGGAUCCGAUGCGUAAAAAGAGCGAUUUAGAAAGCCUGUUUGUAAUUCUUAGCGAUAAUUCGUAGCAGUUUCUCUUAGUUUAUUAUCUGUGCUCCGUAUCUCUCCGUGAAACGUUCACUUUACAUCGAAGUAAGUUGGUGUAGUAGCUUUAAUACGUUUCAUUAGCAUUCUUAGCGCGUCUCCCAACCAUAUUCUUUUAGUACUUCGUCCCGAGUGAGAACCAAAAGAAAGACGACGAUGAAGAAACGAACAUAAUCGUACGUUGCGUUUUUUCGUAGAAUUACAGUGAUCGAGGUAAAGUCGUAUUUACAGAUCUCACAUUAUUUACUUUUUAUACAUGUAACAUAGGAUUAUUGAUUUAAUUAUAUAUGUUAUUAUUGAUCGUAUUCGCACAACUCUAUUAUGUACAUGGUUUUACUAACCGAUUGUUUAACCAAUUGAAAGGAUAGUUUUAAUAAUCAUUUUUUAUUUUUUUGCAAA